AUUAGAAAAUGACAUUUGCCCUCUAUGUACUCCUGAGUAACUUGUGUAUGCCUGAAGGUGUUUUAACACAGGAUGAAACUGGAGGUCCUCGUCAAGACGGUGUCCUACACGGUAAACACCACCACACUCCUCAGGAGCAGGUGGUGGUCAACGUUACUCCUGCUGGGGACCUUCCUCCUGCUCCCAGGAGGGACAAGCAUCCAGGUGCUGGAGUUCCAGAAGGAUGGAGUGGCGAGUCUGUCAACGAUGGCGGUGUACAGAGGCAAGUUGGACCGGGCCUGGAGGAUGGCCUCCCUGAGCCUCUGCUGCCGCUUCAAGCUCUUCUUCCUACACACCAGAGCCACCUUCUUCCAGCUGUGGGACAAGGUCGACAACUGGGACUCCCAGAUCAAAGGAGAGUUGUGGCUGAACCGGUUCCGGCCUGUCGUCGCCCACCGCUGGCAGUUCCAGAUUCUCAAGGACAAACUCAGGACCUUCAAAUGGUACCACCUGUGCUUCACCUACGAUCACCUGAAGUAUCUCUACAACACCUUCAUUGACGGUAAACUCGUCUACGAGAUGACCUAUAACGUUAAGCGCCAGAUCUACGGCGACUACGCUCGCCUCGGCCAAAGUGUUCUAUCGAAGCAUAGUUUCAGCGGCGCUCUGUCACAGGUUAAUGUGUGGGACUCUGUACUGAGCGCCGACGUCAUAACUGACAUGGCUGCUUGCAAGACCGACCCUCUGGGUAACUAUGUAUCCUGGGAGGCCGGCUGGGACCUAUAUAAUGUCACAGAGUACAACACAUCUCUCGAAUCCUUUUGCAAACAAACUAUGGACACGUUUUACUUCGGGUUUCCCAGGCUCUCAAAAGCUCAAGCAUUCUACCAAUGCGAAGCUCUGGGCACACAUCUGCCUCUUUCCACCAACAUGGACGAGUUGCUCCUUUUGUUCAAUGUCUCGGUUCAGUUGUGGUCUGGCUACAAAGAUUUGUGUAUAACCAAUUUCUGGGCCUCAAUCAUCGACGUGGAGAGAGAAGGCACUUGGGUUACCCACUACGAUAACGUCCUCGCUCCACUCGCGCUCUGGAAUGACGGUGAACCCAACGGAAACUUUUAUGAGAACUGCGCAAAAAUUGAGCACUGGGGCCUGUCUGAUGUCGACUGUCUUACCGAUUUGUUAUGCGUUAUUUGUGAAUUUACCGACCUGCCAAUCUUGUCCCUGUUGGGUACCUGUGAGCUGGAAGAACGAAAUCUCCACUUCAUCGCCUACCAGGAAGGUCUGGGUGAUCUUUAUUUCAAGGGAUAUGGAGCGUACCACAUCAAGAAGGUGGAGGGAGAAUGGUUGUGGAUCAACGUGGUAGAGAACAAGACUCUGGCCAGACUAGACGUCGACGCGCCCUUCAACAUGCCCAUGGGCCGUCGGGUCUGGCACCUCGAGUCACCAGUGUGUAACCAACGAGAAGGUCCGCGGACCCUGGUGCUCACGCCUUGCGGACCGGACAGUUACUCUUGCGAUGACGCCACCUGCAUCCCUCACCAGAAUCGAUGCGACUUAAAGUACGACUGUCUGGACCACAGUGACGAGGCCGAGUGCCAGCUCGUCUCUCAGCCUGAUGACUACAGGAAGGACCUGCCACCUCGGCAGGGCAAUGGCGUGAAUGCCUCCAGCCUACCAAUAACAUUACACGUUAAUGUCGAGUCUGCCGCAGUUGACACGACACUGAUGACCAUGCAGCUGUCAUACAAAAUCAUCAAGAUUUGGAUCGACGACCGUCUUAAUUACCGCAACUUAAAGAUCAACGACAGUCUAAAUAAGGUGGACUACACGAGUAUGAUGAGCCUCUGGUCGCCCAUCAUCGCCUUCGUCAACACGGAGGGCCAUCAACACACAGUGGUCGACAUAGAGUCGUCACUCUACCUGAAGCGCCAGCAGCCCCCAGACCGCAGCGACAACAGCGCCCCCGGCGAAGUGGACCUGUUUCCGGGCAAAAGGAACCCUCUCCUCCUCUCCAGGAAGUACAGCACCACCUUCAUCUGUGACUUCGACCUCAUGCUGUACCCGUUUGAUGUCCAAUUCUGCGACAUGCGCCUCCAAAUGCUCUCCGGCUCCAAAGACUUCCUUAAUUUCGAAGAGACGAACUCCUCCGCCGCUUACUACGGCAGUGCUGUGCUAUUGGAGUACCAGGUCCAGCAGCCGAAGCUCGUCUAUGAGCACAGCGGGGAGUUCAGUGUGAUGAAGGUUCGGUUAUGGCUCCAGCGACGCUCGGGCUACGCUAUCCUCAACAUCUACAUGCCCUCCAUCAUCAUCCUGGCCAUCUGCUACCUCACACUCUUCCUCCGUCCCCACGCUCUCGAUGUUCGACUCAUGACAACGCUGACCUCUCUCCUCGUCUUGGCCACACUCUUUACCCAGGUCUCGUCGUCCCUGCCCAAGACGUCGUACUUCAAGAUGGUGGACGUGUGGCUCCUCUUCUGCAUCGUCAUAAGCUUCAUGAUCAUCAUCUUCCACGUCGUCAUCGACUACUCCCUAACCGAAGGCGGGGACGAGGUGUCCUCCCCCGCCAUGAAGCCCGUGACCAAGGUCCAGCCCUGGACCACACACUCCCGGCAGUCUGGCAAGGUCUACGAGACCUCCGUCAGCCUCAGCAAGUACUCCAAGAACCUCAUCACUUUCGCCCGAUGGAUGACCGUUGGCAUCUUCACUCUCUUCAACUUAAUCUAUUGGUCGUACAUCUUUGGCUAACUCCACAUAUUACAAAUGCCAAUAACUGCCAACUGAAUCUAAACAUCUAACCUAAUCUAAUUUAACCCCAAUUAUACACCAAAUUCUAAUUUACAAUAACAUUAAUGUGUACGAAAAUGCCGUUUUAGGACACAGUAUAUUAAAAAUUUAUGACAGCCUCAUAAAAUUUAUGACGUCUUUGGGACGGGCAGCCUCGUGCACGAGCCUAGCAUGCGAGUACUUCGUAUCCAGAAAAUUAAUCUUUUUCUAUAAUAUAUACCAGCAGCAUAUCUGAUUAAUGUAUUUUUCACCCAUGUUAACGCAACUAUUUUGUCGAAAGGAUGCGAGCGUAUAGAACCUUUCUAGCUUUUACAAUUGAUCACGUUUUGAAAAACAAUUAUUUUUACAAUUGUUACACUGCAUUAGCCUGUAACAUUGUUCUUGUUUGGGGUUAUGACUGUUAUAUGAAUAUGUUUUAAUAUGAAUAUGUUAUAUAUGAAUAAGUUAUAACCUAUUCAUUGAGUUGUCCUGAGCUGCACAAGGCGUUGAGUAAAGUGCCCUGAGUUGCACAAGGCGUUGAGUAAAGUGCCCUGAGCUACACAAGGUGUUGAAUAAAGUGCCCUGAGUUGCACAAGGCGUUGAGUAAAGUGUCCUG